CUGUGACUGGAUCCCAGGUCUGCAAGAUCUUUAGAGUAAGCCAGGUUUAUUAAGCACUUUCUGAAGGAGAAACAUGGUCCAGCCCUUGGGUAUCCUAUUGGUUUCCAUCUGCCUGCUUCACAGUCUGUUCAGUCUUCAAGAGGAAGAUUAUUAUGCACCAACUAUGGAUUCUGUCAUUAGAAAGCCAGAGAUAGAAGAUGGUGAAUGUGUCUUUCCAUUCUGGUAUAGAAAUGAAAUAUUCUAUGACUGUGUCACUUUCAAUGCAAAACACAAGUGGUGUUCUUUGAACAAGACUUUUCAAGGUUACUGGAAGUACUGUUCUCUCUCAGACUAUGCUCAAUGUGCCUUUCCCUUCUGGUUCAGACGCAUGAUCUACUGGGAUUGCACAGAGGAUGGGGAGGUGUUUGGAAAAAAGUGGUGUUCACUCACUCCAAAUUUCAACAAAGACCACAUUUGGAAAUAUUGUAUAUAAUGGUGAGAUUGACCAGAUGAAGAUGAGGAGGAGGAGGAAGAGGAAGAGGAGAACUGGGGAGAAAUACUGAGUUUCCUUGGAGAGUAUCCAUCUUUCUUUUGGCCAGGAGAGGAAGAGGUGGAAUUUUGAUUUCAAGAUUUUGUUCAAAUUUAAAUUUUCUUUUUCUAAGAUGUGAGAUGAUGAUGCUCUGACUGGAGAUGACUUUAGGUUUAAAUGAUGGAUUAUGGUAUUUCAUGGAGAGUUAUUGUUUAGCUUCCACAUUUUAUUUGCUAUGUAUAUAAAAUGAAGCUCUUAAAAAAUACCAUGUCAGGUAGAAGCAACCUAUCAGUGUCGUUUCUUUAUUGUCUUAGUCACACUGUUCAGAUGGGGCUGUUGUUAAUAGAGGAGGUGAUGCAUGUGUAGAACAAAGAGAACAUGAGAAAUCUACAUAACUUCUGCUUGAUUUUGCUUUGAUGAUGAAAAUGUUCCAAUUAAGUCAAGUAAAUGUUCAUUGCUGAAGAAAGUCCAAAUUUGAGAACACAGUUCAUGCACUGUUUCAUGUCCACUUUGUUUUAUAUCUGAACCAACUUAUCUCAUGAUCCAUCCUUCCCAGUCCCACCAUUUGUAACUGACAGCGAAGAAUUCCUCCACAAAUGCCUUAUUUUUUCACUCAAAAGAGGGAGAGAAAACCCCCAAACCUACCCUAACAGAUGAGAAGAAUUUUGCUGUGGAAACACCACAGCAACAUUGACAAAGCAGCUUUGGAAUACUCUGCUGAGAAGCAAAAGCUUCCUAAAUUGUCUUCCUAAAUUGGAAGACAGCUGAACAUAAUUUAGUGGAUUUUAAAUAGAAGAUACUGAGGAAUUAUCAACACUAGACAAUAGGGGCUGUACCUGGCACCAUGUGGAUGGGUGGGUAUUGCACUUAUCUCCUUCUUCAUCCAGAACAUGAAAGAGCCUGUGUAAACCUUAACCUCCAUGAACUUGGUUCUGUAGGUACCAAGAUGAUGGGAAUAGCUGCAGUGAUCUUGUUAGCAGGAUCACAUGAAACCU